CAACGCGGCAAUGGCGACCAACUGUGGCCAGCAUACCAACCGCGAUUUCGCCCGGAAACGUGAUGUGGUUCAAGUGCAUACAACGCUGGGCAUCCUUCGGAGGGAUACUGCGGGCGAUGGGCGCAUCGUCGUCAAGCUGUGUUGUUCGAAAAGGGCAUCAGUAUUGCGAUAUUCUUUCUUAUACGUGGCCUCAGCCCUUCGGCAUCUUAGACUGCAGCAAAAGUUGUCAUCGGCUCGCUCAAGUUUGCUGUGAUACCGCAAAGCGCUGGUUUGUUAUUUUCUUUCAUAAACAAUAGCGGCACUGUAGCGGACCGUCCGACAUGGCACCAGGAAUCACCACCAUCACCACAGUCCAGUUAAUCACGGUGCACCCCUCACCGUCCUCCAAUGCAGCGAAUGUUGUUACAGUCUCUACAUUUGCCCUCACCACGAUAUUCAUUUCACCCACCUCCGACAGCACCCUCGCUAGCAGUGGGAGCGUCAGCGGGCCGGUGACAAGCCAACUCGUUACCGCCGAGCCCUUCAGCUCUGCGUCGGGCGUCAGCACUGUGGUGUCUCUGACUCGUGCUAGCUCUGCCCAUGACAGUUCAACAUCAUUUACCGCACCCUCCAAUGCGCCGCUUGCAUUAUCAAACAGGAGCACGUCAACGAUACGCGCAGGCCCGAUCGCUGGCGGCGUCGUCAGCGUAUUAAUCGUCUUCCUCGCUGCGUUCGUCGUCCUCUUCAGGAAACGCAGGAAGCAAAGGGCAGAGGGACGCUCUGAACCACUACCACGCCCCGACCAGGCCGAAGAGAUUCAUCCCUAUCCUUUACUAUCUCCGACCACUGCCGUCCGAGGCAACAGAAUCUCCCGCAAGUGGGAGACGCUCGCCAGCGGUUCCUCCUCCUUACGAGCGUCUCCUACUCCCGGCGUCCCUGCAAACCCCGCGAGCCACGCGAAGACGCCCGUCGUUAGCGUACGGCAAACCGAGAACCCCGAACCGCUCGUCGUCCACGACCCCUCCGCCAUCAUCGAUUUGCACUCGACAGCUGCGCCGUCGAUCACCGAUAGCGCAGCGCGAGACUCGGACCAGGAGACCAUCUUGAUCGAGGCGCUCCGGAGCGCCGUGGAACAUCUCAAUGCUGUUCAGGCGUGGGCGGAGCGGACCCGACAGCUUCCACCGCCUUACCAGGACACCUCUGGGAGUGCGCAGCCAACGCUUUCCUUGCGUGGUAGCUGA